UGAGCGCGAGAAACCUUUCUGAAGCUUCGAAGGUCGGUGGUAAUAACAUACCGCGCCAUUUCCAGCGUUCAAAAUUUUGACAGCUUCGCCAAUUUUGUGCCAGCGUUGCUGCCGCCACCUACCCACGGAAUGAAAAACGACUGCAAGCAUGAACAGCGCCUGGCCCGACAUGCGUCUGCUCGCGGUUGUGUGCCAUCGCGUGCGCAAUUCGCCGCCGCGAUUCCUGGCUAGUGCGGCAAUGGAACCCUUUUUGCGGCCUUCCGACCGACCAGUGCAUAAUAGUGGCUCCUAAAUGGCUGAAAGGAGUGUGGUGCUUUUUCUAGGUCAAUUUGAGAUGAUCCAGCUAUUGGUUGACGCGGUGUGAGUGCCGUCGGCUGAGUGCCGCAGUCUAGGCCUAGAGUUAGCGCCGAUCACAAGGUGAUGUGCUGUCUUGUGACGCUAUCGGUGCCGACUUAUCGCUUCUUCUGGCGUACCAGGAUCUGGUGCAUUGUUUAAACUGCGAUCUGACUUUCAGCGAUCCGGCUGGGCCCGAACUGGAAGCCGUUGCUUCGGCACUGAACGAAACUGGUGUUCGCGGGGGCGUGCCGGGGCUUCUGAUUGCGUGAGCGCUGCGUCGACGAAAGCUGUAGUUCGACAGCUAUGAACCUUCACCAAGUUCUCACUGGAGCAGUAAAUGCUGGAGAUCACUGCUAUUCUGUCGGCAGCGUCGAAGGCGUUCCCUUUACAGUGUACGGCGCAGGAUGUAAUAUUGUGAUAUUGGCACGAAACUUCGAGAGAGUGCAGAUCAUCCCUGGUGUCUGUCAUGGAAACGUGCAAGUUUCCUGCAUAAACUGCUCAACUGAUAUUGGGAAGAUUGCAGCUGCAUAUGGAAAGCAAGUAGCUAUAUUCGAACCAUCGCCACUUCUUCAGCAAACAUCAGCUCACAAAUUGGACUACAAAUGGAUCCAAACGGCCACGAUACAAAUGGACUACUCUGUGUCAGUGCUUUCUUGGAAUUUAGAAGGCACGCGGCUACUGACUGGUGGCGAGUGGAUACAGAUGUGGAAAUGCACCAUGAAACCAGAAAGCAAUGCCAAGUGUGGGGACGAGGCCGCCAAAGCAGGCCAGCCCCAGCUGACCAGCCAUUCCGGCGUCUCCUUCCAGCUUGGAAGUGAUGAGGCAGCUCCAUCACUCCCUGACGAGGAUGCCUCGUGGGACUGCAUCUGGAAUUGCAGGACAUCCCAGCCUGUGAGCUUCCUGCGCUUCUCACCAGAUGGCACGUUGUUUGCAUCUGCAGGAAAAUGUGACCGUUUGGUAAAAAUUUGGCACAACAGCCAGCAUAAAGUGUCUGACCCUGGCGGGAAUGCCAGACAGCAAGUGGAUCGGGGCUGCACCUUUGGGUUUGUCUACGCGGCCCACCCACGAGCCGUGACAGGACUCUCAUGGCGCAAGACCAGCAAGUUUAUGCCCCGAGGUUCAGUUGCAAACAUGCUGGUCACGUCAUGUCGAGACAACAUCUGCCGACUCUGGGUUCAGACCUUGCUUCCUGAAGAUGGGCUGAUCAACGUGCAGCAGAUCGAAGCACUUGCCAACCAGACACCGCGACUGCAGACUCAGCGUCACCGGCAACGCAUCCUUCAAAAGCUGCGGCAUAUGAAAUCCCUGAGUGAAUACCAAAGGCGGCAGGCAGCGCAAAGUGGAAAGGAAGCUCGGGAGACGAUCCCCUCGCUUCCCAGCACAUACAGCGUGCACGACUUCCAUAGCUUUGGGCUCCAAGGCUCGGGCGUGGCACCAGGCCUCCAUUUUCAUCUGGCAGCCAGCAUCAAUGCAGAGACUGACAUCCCGCUGGUGCCAAGCAUGAGUGGGGCUGCAUCAAGGGGUGGAAACCAAGAGCCCAACUUUGUGCUGCACUGGCUCAACAACAAGGAGAUGUCAUUCAGCAGUGCCACGGAGCAGCUGAUCCAGGAGUUGAGCUUGAAGGCCCUGCAGGCACGACGUGAGCAGCAGCGGCAGCAGUUGGCGGCACAGCGCAAGGCUGCUGAAGACGCAGAGGCUGAAGAAAACCAAGAAGAGGCCAAUGAGCCAGAGGAUCCAGAGGCUGCUGGUGCCACCAAAAGCAGCUGGCAAGGUCGAUCAGGGCUGAAAUCACUGAGGCUUGGAAGCGUGGCAACCACGACAGCACUAGCCGAGGAAGCGUUACAAGGCUCCCAGUCUGCCAAGGCCUUCUCGCCAGCAUCGUCCUCAGCGUCUUUAGCCACUGAGGCGUCUGGCAAGAACGUAGAGCAGUCACUGGGAAAUGCCCUGGACCACAAGAUAGAAUCACUCUUGCGCGAGUGGCACCAGAGCCCCGACCUGCUGUUCAGCAUUCAUCCGGUCGAUGGGAGCUUCCUUGUUUGGCUGGUUGACUGGCUGGAUGAGUGCAGUCCCGGGUCGUUCCGCCAGGCCCUGGUAAGCUUCUCCUCUCGCAUUCCGUCUGCCAUUCCCCUGGGGGACGCGGCCACACUGUCGCACCACCUGGCCCUCUACCUGCCAACGGCUGGCCUUGACUUGCGCACCGUCCUGUCGGGGCUGGGAGCAUGGGCCCAGCCUAGCCCUCUCACGCCUGUUGCUCCAGUCACCUUGGUGGUUCCACCCCAACCUGUACAGCAGCAGGGAUCUGUGAAAUCUGGCUCUAUGCAACAGGGGUCACAACAACAGGGACCUGUACACCAGACUGAAGAAAAUGAAGACGCAGAAGACAAACCACGCCCCUUCUGCUGCCAAGUGGCCCCCACACCGAGUGUGUGCAUGCUGUCCAAACACCACAACGGGUCACUCAACUUGUGGCACCUCACAUUCAGCGAGGAGUCCCACUUCACCCACGUGCUCAGUAUUGGCCAUGCAGCAAGAGUAUCGGGACAUCGGUUCAGGAUAAACGACAUCACGUGCCAUCCUGUGCUCCCACUGCUGCUGACCACGUCGCACCACAACCUCCCCAAAGGGAAGGAACCCCUGGACGAGGAAGACGAACAGCCGCAGCCUCAGGACUACUUGGACAAGCGGCGGCGCGAAAGUGCACCCACUGCUGCACCCACGGAGGGCUUUUGCAGUGAGCUCAUCCUCUGGAAGGUGGAGUCUGUGGGGCCCCUGUCCAAGUCUGGUGGUGUUGCCGAGCUGGCCCGCAUCAACUCGCUCGAGCCAUCUGCCUUCUCCAACGUUGCCUGGGUUCCCACACUGCUUCCCAGCACAACAUUGGGCAGCAUAUCCAAUUCACCAAGUGCCUGCUUUGUGGCCUCGGAUGGUCUCCAGCUACGAGUGUACCAAGCUGUGAUAGAUGCGCGCACACUGCUUGCCGAGGUGUUGGCAGCAGCUUGUCGGAAGGAUAAUGCUGAUACCAUCAGCUUGUCCAGCACCACAUCGUCUGGAUUGGACAUACACCAUGCAGGGCUUCAGGAAGAGUUUCGCAUAGUCAGCCUCCAGUCCACAGCUCGUCCUGGCUGCAUCAUUGAACUAGAUGCCAUUGCAGACGCUACAAAUGACUGGCAGAACACACAGCUGCUACAUGUGUUCCAAGAACAGCUCAUAAUGGGGGCCAAGCAAGGAGCACUAGGCAGUUCAACCACUGCACCCGGGGAGGAGACGCUUGAGAAGAAUGUGGGGCUACUGGAAACAUCAUUUCAGGCCUUUGUGGAUCUUCGUCACACAUCGGUGUUCGAGGAGCCUUUCUACCUGGUUGUCCUGGAAAAGACCGGCACUGGCCGCACCAUGCUCCACAUGUGGCGGCUUGUCAUCAGUUCCAGGGCUGGUGCUGGAGGCAAAGGUCAGCAAGAUGGUGCUGGCUUCCAGGAGAAUGCGCCUCAGCAAGAGGACGAAACUGCUUCCAAUGCAUCCUCACGGAGUGGCAGCCCUGAACCCACUGACACUGGGCAGAGUGGUCAGCCAGCAGGGUCACCACAUGCCUCGCCACUGCGCAUUACUACUUCCAAGGUGUGCACCCAAGAACUGCCGCUUCCGCAUGAUGUGGAAAUCGCACAUGCGGCACCAGCAGCAGGCCACGUGAGCUCUUCGAAUAUGUACCCAGCUUGCUUUGCUCCGUAUGUGCUCUCCACUGCUUGCAGUGAUGGGCUGACAAGGUUUUGGAAAUGUAAAGUGGAUUGUGAAGGUGAAGGAACCCCCAACUUCACGUGGGUUGAGUGGGAGAUGACACUGAAUAAGUCGUCCAGUGUCAUACAGGUUCCUGGCCAGCCCAUUAGUGUCAGCUGUGCGUAUAGUGGCAGAGUAGCAUGUGCCUACAAGCGUGGCCACUCUUUCAACCGACCUGGCUCCAGCAACCCCUCUGAUCGUUGUGUCAACCUGGGUGUUGCAAUCUACGAGUGCGAAUCUACUGGUGGUUCUGAAUGGAUACUUGAAGACACAGUGCUUCUGAACAACGUCAGUCUCCCACGUCUAGAUCAGACAGCUCCUGGUGUUAACCUGGGUUCCUUGGUUGACACAACUCUGAGGCACCGCAAGACAGCUGACUCACUUGUGCAACGCUUGGCCUCAGACGGGGACCUCAGUGGACCGCCCAGCUCCCUGCAGCGACUGUUGUCAGUGCCCAGCUAUGCCACGCUGCACACACUACGCAGGGCAGUGAUUGAGCAGGGAAACCAGUGCCCCCUGGUGCACAAGUCGCUUAUCCAACUCGACUGGGUUUCCUCGGAGGAUGGCUCUCACGUCCUCACUGUGGCUGUUGGCUCCCGUAUUCUCCUAUUUGCACCUGUGGCUAGGGAUGUCAUCCAGCAAGGUGGCACUGGUCUGGAAACUCAGUCCUUGAGCUCUGGCACACCACGGCCCCUGCUGAAGCAAGUGUCAUCACUGGCUGCACCCGUGGCAUCAACGGGGGCAGCUGAAGCAGUGCGCUGGCUGCAAAUUAGGUGCACACGCCUGGAGACGGCAGAUGGCCUGCCCCCGCUGCCCAUGCAAGUGUCCUGGGUUCGUGAUGGCAUUCUUGUGGUUGGCAUGGACAGUGAAAUGCACAUCUACUCUCAGUGGAGGCCUCAGAAAGGAGCCCCAAAGGGUCUAAAGAACAACUUCAUGCCUUCAGCAGCAGAAGAUGAGAACAUCUGCAAGGUUCGCAUGCUGCCAGAGGAAGAACUGCUGAGCCGGGUUCAGGAGCUGUCUCAGUUGCGGCUCGGAUCGGGUGCCCAUUUGGGGCUGGCACGCAAUGCUUCAUCAUCAUCUGCCCAGGCUAUGGACAAGAAAAAACAGCGUGGUGAAACAGCAGUUUCUUCUGUCUCCCGUGGAGCUGCAGCUGCGAAGGAGUCGGAGACAACGGUCGUGGGCCCGAUGCCUGACUUGGGCCUCUUUGAGACUUGCCGUCUGGCUUGGCCAAUGCUUCCUCAGUAUCAUCCGAAGCAGCUUAUGGAGCUCCUGGGCUUUGGGAAGAUUCGGAGAGUCAAGGCCAUCCUCAGCCACCUUGUACGCUGUGUCUCCAAAUCAGGACAGGCCCCAGGAGGUGUCGUUGCAGGGGGCAAUGCGGCGGAGAUGGCUUCUGAAGGAGCAGCUGAAGAAGAAGGAGGCGAUGAAGGAGUACGAGGCUGGUCUCGCUCGAGAACGCUUUCUCUGGCAGCACCUGCGGCCGGAUCGGCAGCACACAGCCCUAGGGAGGCUGGCAACAUAGUCCCUGAAGAACUGCAGCUGGACUAUGUGGAGAUCCAGUCCAUCCCGCCAUUACCACUGUAUGCACUGUUGGCAGCCGACAAGCAGCUGGAACCAGGUGCAGCUGGUGGGCGCAAGGAUGCUUCGCCGAGUGGCACAGGUGCAGACGCUGGUCAGCCAGGUGCUAAGGAGAACCAGGCAGACUACAGUGCCUUGUUUGAGACUCUUCCCAAAAAGGAGGAAACUCUGGAUGACAUCCUCCAGGAGGAUGCCCAGCCUAAGGCCAAAAAGACACGAGAACGACACAAGUCAGCUGCUGAUAAAGACCCCAACUACUUUGGAAUGCGCCAGGCUCGCCUGCUGACUCAGCUGCUGACACACUGUCAUCUGCCUGGCCUAUCCAGUGUAGACCAGAUGCAUCUUUUGGCACUUGCUGAUACGCUGGCUUCUUUCCAUGGCACACUGGCUGACCGUCUUGACAGUGAAAUUGUGCACACGGCACCCAAGGACAACGUCACCAGACAGAACUACGAAAUGACUAUCCAGGCUACUCCAGACUCCCUGGAUGACUGUGGGCUUCGCUACUUCCUGGCGGUGCGUCACCACACGUACCUGCUGCGGUGCCUGCCAUUGGCACAGAGGGCGCAGCUGCAGCGCCAAGGCCUGGGGCCUCACUACCUGGUCUGGGCUUUCCACUCGGAGACUCAAGAGGAGCUCGUGCAGCUCAUCCCCACCCUACAGAAGCCCACUUUUCGUUGGGCCGAGCUUAGGGAGCUUGGCAUCGGUUGGUGGAUCCGCUCCAACCAGCUGCUAAGACGCAUCAUCGAGAAGCUGGCCAAAAGUUCCUUCCAGGCUAACCAGAACCCCUUGGAUGCUGCUCUUUACUAUAUGGCCAUGAAAAAGAAAACAGUCUUGGCUGCAUUGUUCAGGAGUGUGAAUGACAAGCGAAUGUCUGACUUCUUCCAAAACGACUUUUCUCAAGACCGUUGGAGAAAAGCAGCACUCAAGAAUGCCUAUGUGCUACUUGGGAAACAGCAGUUUGAGUACGCUGCAGCUUUCUUCCUCCUGGCCAAUGCUGUGAAGGAUGCCGUGCAGGUGUGCCUGAGCAAGUUGGAGGACCUUCAGCUGGCCAUGGUGGUGGUUCGCCUCUAUGAGGGCGACCUUGACUCUGUUCCCGAGCACCUACGGCGGCUGCUUGAUGCCGAGGUGUUGGGCCAGCCUGAGGGUGUGGGAGGUGCAUCCAUGGAGCUGGCCCACCCAGAUCCAUUCCUGCGCUCCAUGGCAUUGUGGCUGUUGCAGCAUUAUGAGGAAUCGCUCACCACACUGCUUCAGACACGUGUGGGGCAAGAACACCAUAGGAUACACCAGGAGACACAGCAUCUAUCUAGCAGCACAGCUGAGCAGUCUGCAAAUGCUGGUGACAGAGCUUCUCUCUCAGGUCCUGCUGGAGCUGAUGACACUGCUGAUCCCGGAGUAUUCAACUUCUACCUCUAUCUGCGCACGCACCCGUUGGUGGUGCGGCGCAACCUGGCCAAGUCUAUGAGCAUGCGUCGCAAGCAAGGCCGUGCAGUGCUGCUGUCAGGCUUCAAGCCUGGCAGCACAAUGGCCAAGACACUGACGCCAGGAGGUACAACCAGCAGCGACACCAUUACGCCAUUGGAGCGGCGGCUGUUCUUCACGACAAGCCAUGCACACUUCCGGGCGGGCUGCCCGCCACUUGCCCUAGAGGUGCUGUCACGACUGCCCAACUGUAUUCUUGAUGACAGCGGUAACGCCACUGCCGAGGAAGGCUCUCCUGCCAAGAGGAAAAACUCUAAUGGAGGGCCUCCACCGGGAGCCGUCAGCAAUGGGCCUAUACAGCAGAAAGCGGAUGAAUUUGACUGGAGUCAACCUCUGGCAAAGGCUCCACAAAAGGCAGAGGACUUUGACUGGAGCCAGCCUCUUACCACGGGUGCAGCUGCACAGAAGGCAGACGCAUUCGACUGGAGCCAGCCCCUCACCACGAGUGCACCCAAGAACAAAGCAGACAGCUUUGACUGGAGUCAGCCUCUGGCCAGCACUGCCACCCCCAAGUCAGAUUCUUUUGACUGGAGCCAGCCAGCACAGUCCGCUCCUCACGUUGAGAAUCCCAAUGGCUCAAAGCAGUUGGAAGAAGAAGAAACACUAGCCCAAAGUAGGGUGGAGACACUAGACAUCAUGGCCCAGCAGCUGAAAUUCAUGGCAUGCCUUAAGAUCAUGAUGGAGGAGCUGAGCACACUGGCCACAGGCUUUGAGGUGGAUGGGGGCCAGCUGAGGCAUCAGCUCUACGUCUGGCUCGAGCGUUGUGUGGCAGCACUCAAGGAACUGUGCCAGUACGGUGCUGCUAUGCAGGCCCCUGGUAGCACUUCAGCAGUGUCGGACACAUCCAUCCUUCCUGAGGCAGCCGGUGAGGAAGGACCAGCUGGAGGAAGAGACAGGGCCAACACGGGCGCUGCUGAUGGAGCUCAGGCAGGGACUCCUGUGCCCACUCUGCAUGCCAUCUUGGUUGCAGACAAGCAGGAUUUCGAGGCCAAGCUGGUGCGUGCUGCCCGCCGCAAGCUGUGGCUCAAGGCCAACGAAGCACUUCUCCGCACACUGCUGUCCUACACUGGCCUUCAUGGAGCCCACGGGGGAGGCCUGGCCGUAGUGCGCAUGGAGCUCAACUUGCUACUGCAGGAGUUGCAGCAAGAUCGUUCCCAGCAGCAACUGCUGUCUCCGCUUCCUUUCCCAACGACUCUCCCACUCUUGGCUGCCAGCGUGGCCUGCCAGAAAACAGUAGUUGCCGAUCCAGUCCGCCUUCUACAGCUGAUGGCACAUGACAUCUUGCUGACGGUGAUGGACCUGGAAGAGCCACCCGGCGCAGCCACAAGUGCUAGCACCUUCUCUCGGGUGUCAGUGUUGUGGGACCUGGGCACCUCCCUGUCCGCUUGCAUAUACCAGGCGUUGUGUGACAGUGACAGCUUUGGGCUCAAGGGUCAACAGGGUUCCAACAGAGGACUCGACGUUGAAGACUGCCUCAGCCUUAGUGUGGUGUACCAGAACAGCCACCUCUUGGUAGGCCAUGCCUCCAGGCGACCUCGUUUGGGCAGCACCGAGGAGCCCCUAUCACCCACCACGCAGCCCAGCAAGUGGCCAGGCGUGCAGUCGCUGCGGGCAUUGAUGGCUCGUGACAAAGAUGAAGAUGGGCCCCGGCUGCACACCUUGCUCUGCGAGUCCUUCGUGGCUGUCUACCUCAGCCAGCUGAUCCACGCGCUGGCCUCAUGUGACUGCCAUGUCCUCUACCGGCUGGUGGGCCAGCACUUCAGCCAGCACACAUGGUCGAUGCUGUUUGGUGGGGGAGCCAAAAAGCUGCUUCGUGUGUCUGCAGGUGGCUCUAGUGGAGCUGUCACGCCCUCAGCAGCAGCUCCCGAAAAGGAGGCAACAGCCACCGUGGAGACUGGAAUUUUCGAUGCCAUCACCCGCCAACGUGUCAAGUGGAACAUGAAAAUUCUACCUCAGCUGAAAAGUGAAACUCCACAGGCAAAUGUCCGUGAAGACCGUCCUACCUACAGGGAAAUAUUUGUGCCCCCGAUCAUGUCAAUGAUGUCCUGCUUUAUGUCCAAGCCUGCCCUGACAGACCAGAUGGCAGCAAUUGACUACGACUCGGCAGCAUCACUUUCCAGUGAUGAAGAGGAUGCCGCAGGUGGCAACGAUGAAGAGAUGGAUGAGGACGAUGUUUUCAAGGAUGCAGGCACAACUGAGCAGCAAAGACGGCCCUCGCAGGCGUCUCGUCUGGAGCAGCUGGAUCCUGGCUCCUAUGCAUGGGCCCUCAUGCGCUAUGCAGUUGUGAAGAUGGCCAACCACAACCUUCGAGACUUCCUCUCUGUGGCUGGCAUUGAGCUACAAGAGCUCCCAGUGACAAGCCCCCUUCUGCACGCUUCCCUGCGUGCUAUGGACCAUUGGUUGCGGCACUUACGCGAGUCGCUGGAGGCCCAUGGCAGUGCACCCCCCGGCCUGCUGCCCAACGCGCAUGUCGAGGCUGCUGGCCAGGGUGCCGCACCUGUGCAGGGGCCUCCCAUCCUCAAGUACAAGGUGCUACUAGAAGUGGACAACACGCCCUUCAGCCGAAGCAAGCACCCUGCAGCCCACGCAGCUCGCAGGCUGUGGAACUACCUGGUGCGGCAAGAAGGUGUCCAGGACCUGUUCAUUCGCUAUCUCUUCUCCCACAAGGUGGCAUCCCUGCCAGAUACGCAAGCCCAAGCACAGGCGACAAAAGGCCAAACACAUCCUCCAAAAGAAGGUGGACCAACCACCACUCCGGGUGGUGAAGGGGAUGACCGUUCCAUCGAUGGUGGUGUUCCAGACCCUGUCCGUAUCAUCCACAAGGACCAGGAAAGCAUCUCAGCCUUCUGCAUCAGUCAGGUGCCUAUUGCAGCCACUGCUUUCACCUCCUGCUACUCAGCCCAGGUAAACGAGGGAAUCAUCUCCUUGGCUACACCAAAAGAGUUGCAAGAGCUGGACAUCUCAGCUCUUCUGGAGCCUGCACCAUGGCUUGAUGACGAGGCAGAAUUUGACAUUCUGACCUUGAACAGGCCUCCGGAGCCCCCAGCAGGGCAAGCGUUGGACUUCCUAGUGGUGCAACACCCACUGGACCGAUACAAUGCCUCAGUAGGGACCGGGUUGCCUGUCACUGCGUCCUCUGCUUUCACCAGCCCUACCAGCGCCAACCCUCCCUCACUGGCUGCACAGACAGGCCGUGGUACCACUAUGCUAAAACGACACCGUGUGGACUCAGUACGACGGCUGGCAUCCCACCCAGUGCUCCCACUUUACCUCUCUGGUUGCCAGGAUGGCUCUGUGAGCCUCUGGGAAUGGGGCCAUGCACAGCCUGUGUCUACACCAAGGCUGGCGGGCACGUUUGCCAAAGUGACCAGCCUGCUUUUCAACCAGCAAGGGAACAAGUUUGGCGUCACUGAUGGUGAUGGAAACCUGAGCCUGUGGCAAGUCAGCAUGACAUCCACAAAUGCCAAGCCCUUUUUUAGUGCGUCGUGCCACACAAAGCAAGCCAGUGACUUUGCCUUUGUGAGCUCAACUAGUCUGAUUGCCACAGCGGGCCACUCUACAGAAAACCGCAAUGUCUGCUUGUGGGACACACUGCUUCCCCAACGCAAGGCCCUGGUUGCUUCCUUUUCUUGUCAUGAGCAUGGCAGUUCUGCAGUGGUGUUCGCACCACAAAACCAGCUCCUAAUUUCAGCUGGCAAGAAAGGAGACGUCUUCAUAUUUGACAUGCGGCAACGGCAGCUGCGCCACAAGUUUCAGGCACAUGAAACAGCCAUCAAGUGCCUUGCCAUGGAUCCUCGGGAAGAAUACUAUAUCACUGGGUCAGCUGAUGGGGACAUAAAGGUCUGGGGUUUGCCAGUUCAUGUGCUGCUGUAUGCCUUCCCCAGCGAGCACUCUCGGAGUACACUGUUCCGGAACAUUGGCAUGGGUGUGACACACCUGCUGACCGAUGCCAAGGGCCGGUUGUACUCGUGUGGCGCAGACGGUUCCAUGAAAAUGCGCCAGCUUCCCGACCGUGAUGCUGUGGUAGCCAGCUUCAUCUAGCACAGGAUCCCACCGUUUCAUGUUGCUUCUUUGUCCCUGCACCUUUCAACGUCCAACCUUUUGCUGCAUGCAGAGUGACAGGAGCGCAAGUCGUGUGGCUUUGCGACUGUUACAACUGGUAUCGCUGGAAAUAGUCAAUUGCUACAAUUACGUAUCCAGGUUUUACCACCCCCUGGUCUUGUGUAUCCUUGCGAGCCCUUUUAGUUUUUGCAGCAAUGGAGCAACGGGAACCAGUGAUUUGCCGAGGGCUAGUUUCCUACAAGAAGCCAUUUCGGGCACUCUUUGUGAACUCGUGUUCCUUCUUUUGUUUUUCUGUGCCCUUAUAAAUAUGCAUACCCAUGUUGUUGAAUGUGCAGUGUAGCUGUGAUAAAUUUUCCCCACUUCCCUUUUAAGUCACAUUUGCCACGUGGUCUUAUUCCGAGUGACAUUCCUCUCAACGUGUAAAACCAGGGCACAGCUUCAAUGGGGGAGAUGAAGCGAGUCUUGGAGAUACGUUUGUUUUAUGCAAAUUAUGCACUGGCUGUUGAUUGCUUGGUUAGCCAUUGUGCGUGGUAGGAGCGUGGAAGCUGUUCAAUUGCUAGUCUAAAUCAGCGGUUGUGGUUUCUCUCCCCUACUGCAGACAAAGCUGAAAUGUUUAAAUCAAAUACGCGCAGUCAUUAGUGUAGAGAGCUAAAGCAUGUUUGUAUAUAUGUAUUUAUGACAUAAAUUUUUGCUUAUGCCACUUUGUUCUACUUAGCCUUAUUUUUUAGAAGCGACUAUAGAGGUGGUGAUGAUGGAAUGUGCAACUCGUGUCUGAAAUAAAAAGUUACAGUGGG